UUGAUUAACCGAGUCAAAGUUUACGAGGCAUCAUCUUUAACUUUAUACCAAGUCAGUCAGUGCAACUCGAGCCAGUGCCGAAACGGUAGCGAUCACCAUGAAGACGUUAGCCUUCGUUGCAUUUCUUUCGAUCUCUCACCUCGUCGUCUCCGGAGAACUUCUUGAUUUAGAAAAUCUCGAGAUUCCGAGCGUCGACCUGGACGAUUUUGCUGCCAUCAAAGAGCGAUGCGACAAAACGGGAGGCCUAGGAACGUACGAUAAACUUAAAGCGUCUAAAGAAUCCCUUCGGACGUGCAUCACUCAAUUUGCCAACGUAACGGCCGUAAGGGAAGAAGUCGAAGAGGCCAAAAAAACCGGCUCCAUGGACGAAGUUUUCGGCAAAUAUUGCAACAAACGACCAAAAUUGGCCUCGUGCGUGCAAGAUUUUACCGACAAGCUUCGACCUUGCCUCAAUUCCGACGAGAACAAAGCUUUAAAUACCACUUUAAACGUUCUUAAACAACUAGGAGACUUUGUUUGUUAUAGAGACGGAGACAGGAUUGCUCUGUUUAUAGCCGAAGGGGGUGUCGAAUGUAUCCAGAGCCAUAUAGAAGGAAUAAAAAGCUGUGUCAAUUCAACGUUCAAGGUAGAACCGACUACUAUUAAUACAAACUCCUUGCCUACUUUCGUGAUGGAUAAGAAAAAAUGCGAUGAUUUAGGUAAGCUUCAGAACUGUGUAGUCGAAGAAUUGGAAAAAUGUCAAGAAAGUACUCCGGCGAACAUCGUGGAUGCACUUUUUAAAUUCGUGAAGCGAUCCGCAUGUCCCAAGAAAAAGCGGAGUGUGGGUAUCUACCACAACAUAGUUAAAAGAAAUGCAGCUCUAAUUAACAGUUUCUACGACUCAACUCCUGCUCUUAAAACGAAUUUUCUUAAGGCCUUCAAAACAAAAUGUUCCGAAAACGUUCCCGAUGGAGGAUAUGAAGCUUUCACUUUAAAUCUUGAGAGCGCAACACACUGUAUCCGAAACAAAACAAGAGACGAACCUAUUUUUGUCACGCCAGCGAUCGACUUCAAAGCAAACGUGAACAGAUGCGUUUGGAACCUAAUUGAGAAAACGCAAGCAUGUUUGCCGGAGAAUGAAAAGUACUGGCCAAAAUUCUACUUAGAUAUCAUUCAAAAUCUAAUCGACUUUCUUUACGACAACAAAGACAUUUUGCUACAUAUUUCCACCAGAGCUGAACUUAUGAAUUGCUUCCAAAAUUUUAAGCAGAAUAAUACCAAAAAAGAGGUAGCGAAAUGUUUUGAGGUACCUGAAAUUAAUAGUUUGAGAAAAGAUGUCGUCUGUUGGAAACUAACGAAUAUAAAGGACUGUGUGUCAGACCAGGUACAAAAGAAAUGCAUUCGUGAUGUUGCGAUCAACAAGUUAACAAACGACUUCUUUAAAGCAAUUAUAAAACCAUGUAAACACGUUUGAGAUUGAACAUCACGUAAAAUUUAGAGAUUAGUUUUAUUGUUAAAAUGUUAUGAGAUAGAGGUUAAUAAAAUGAUGAUAUUUA